CCUAUUUUGACAGAAUUUCCUUAGCGAGGACGCUAGCGUUUUGACAGCUUGACUGUAAUGUCUCUGGGCUGCAUAUGUCGUUGAGUUUUUUUACUGAAACAUGUUCUGAGGUUGAGCUGAGUGACUGCAUACAUGCACAUCCCUUCAGUCUGAGCUGUGAGGAAGGUGUAUCACUCGUGGCUGUUCUAAUGAACUGAGUAACCAGACUGAGUGACCACCAUGGUGCUGGAAUCAAUCAUCGCUGGCCUGCUCAACAAGUACUUGGGCAAAUAUGUGCAGAAUUUGGACAGCGAAAACCUGAAUCUCGGCAUCUUCAGUGGAAGCUUGGAGCUUACAGACUUGGAACUUAAGCCUGAGGCAUUGUAUGAGCUGAAUCUUCCCAUAGAAGUCAAGGCAGGACACAUCGGGAGAAUCAUCGCUGACAUCCAGUGGACCUCCUUAUUUUCCAAACCCCUCAGUGUCUCUGUUGAAGAUGUCUUGAUCCUAGCUGGGCCGGUCUAUGACAGACCCUAUGAUGAAGCCAGAGAGAGACAGCUACAGAAUGCUGUCAAGAGAAAGCUCCUGGAGGACCUGGACAGAGCCAAGAAGACACAGAAAGUCAAAAGUAAAGAAGAAGAAGCUGAAGAUCUGUCCUUUACGGAGAGAUUGACAAUAAACAUUGUCAACAACAUUCAGUUCCAUGUGAGGAAUGUCCACGUCCGAUAUGAGGACUCUGCCACAAGACCAGGUGAACCAUUCGCUUUUGGGUUCACACUCAGACGUCUCUAUGCAGAGACAGCAGAUGAGGCAUGGCAUGCAACGACUGUGGACGCUAGUGCUACUGUUGUGCGCAAGCUUGCAGAGAUGAAUGAGUUAGCUGUGUAUUGGAACCCAGACUGUCUGCAAUUAAUGGGUCAGCACCUGACCUCUAAUGCUUGGAGAGAGAUGAUGAGGAAUGCAGUAAAUAGCCACAGUAUCAAUGGAGAGAACUUGGCACUUGUGGUUGAGCCUAUGACCACGGCUGCUCGUCUUGCCUUUGACAAGACCACAGCUCCAGAGUACCUAACGCCCAUGCUCGCCGUGGACAUCUUGACGGAGAUGGUUGUCAUGACGCUAUCCCACCAGCAGUAUCUGAACAUCCUGGAUCUGAUUGAGGGUAUGAAGCUGAUGGAGGUGAACCAGCGCUACAGGAAAUACCGUCCAGCCGUCAGGUCAGCUGGACAUGCCAAGGAAUGGUGGAAGUAUGCCUAUAACUGCAUCGUUGAAGAGCACAUACGACCCUGGUCCUCCAAACGGCUGGAAAAACACAACCAGCUAUAUCGGCAGUACAUGGACAAAUACAGGGAGAAACUCACUGUGCUUGAAAACAAAGAAGACCCAGCAACGGUGAACAAAGAGCUUGUCUUGUUGGAGGAGACAUUGGAUGUGACAAGUAUUAUGAUUGCCCGAGAGAAGGUCAAAAUUCAAUUUGCCAAAGGGGCUCCUGAGAGGGAGAGGAUACGGAGAGAGAAGAAAAAAGCUGAGAAAAGCUGGUUGUGGAGCUGGCUUGGAUGGGACUCGGACUCUGAGGACGAAACGGAGGAAGAUACAGAUGAAGACGAUAUUUGGUCCCAAUUGACUGAGGGGGAGCAAGAACGAAUCAAGAAAGAGAUUGGAUAUGAUGCCAAGGCCAUGGAGCUUGCUAGUGAUCUUCCUCCUGAGUAUGUCCAAAAUAAGUUCAACUUUCAGUUGAGCACUUGCAAUGUGGUCCUGAAGAACAGUGGGAUUACAAUCCUGCAAUCAUCACUGCACAAUGUCCAAGCUGGAUUCAUGCACAGACCAGGAUCCCAAGGUUUCCAGUUACUGAUGAGUACCGAUUCUGUGCUUGUGGAGGGCUGCUCUCCCAGUAGCGAUCAACUCGUCCCCAUUGUGACCUCUGAGAAAGCUCGCUCAGAUACCAUCAGUCAGAUCUUCAGUCUAGACUUUGAGACUAACCCACAGAGGAUUGUUGCUGACACGGCUCUGGCAGUCACCACAGAACCUGUGGAUAUCACAUAUCAUGAGCACACCGUUUCUGAGCUGAUCUCAUUCCUGACAGUGCCUAACUUAGAUGUUGAGGCAUUGAAGUCAGUGGCUGCUACCCAACUGCAAGAACUAGCCAAAGCUGGUAAAGAAGGCCUUCUACAUGCUGUAGAGAACCACAAGACUAUACAGAUCGACAUUGACAUGAAAUCACCCAACAUCCUCAUACCAGAGUUUGGUUCCCUGGACAAAGGAGGCCAUCUAUUGGUAGUGGAUCUUGGUAGCCUGAGAGUCAAUAGUGACCUACAGAGCCGCCUGGAAGGCAACAUGAACGCUGCUCUAGGGGAUGCUACACCAACUGAGAUUGAGGCUCGUUUAUACGACAAGUUUGUUGUCAGAUUGGACGACAUACAGGUGUUGCUGAUCCAUUCAAGUGAUGACUGGCAUGAAGCUAUUACUCUGAAGGAGUCUGAUUACCACCUCAUCCCCAGCAUGGGGCUACAACUCAAUGUCUUCAACAGUGUCAAACCAGACUACAAAGCCCUCCCUCAGCAGAAAAUAGAGGCUGUACUCCCUUCCCUGAAGCUGAAAGUGUCUGACAAGAAACUGAAUACUCUUCUAAAGUUUGCUCAUAAUUUGCCCCUACCAAGUAGCAAAGUGACUGAGAAGGGACCGCCAAGAGGUGUCAUCUUAAAAAUGGAUCCCAGAUACAUCAAGAGAGAAACCACAUUCUUUGUUCUACGGAAGAUCAGAAGAGCUGCACGGAGGCGAGGCAUUGGGGCUGCAGCAAGAAUAAAACGAGAUGAAGCAGAUUCUGGACACAGCGAUGAUGAUUUCUACUCGGCUUCCGAUCAUUCCGACACCACUUUACAGCAGUGGGCAGCCGAGAGCCCCGUGCCCAGCUUUGAUGACAACGACUCCCAUUCUAACAGGACCAGCAUACUCAUCAGAUUUGCCAUCAGAGAGAUGGUCCUGUCAGUGUCCAGAAACCACACCUCUCCACCCACCUCUAUCCCACCGACUGCCUCCUCCCAUGACACAGUGGGAACCAGUGAUACCGAGUACCUGUCACUCCGUAUUGAUUCUAUGUGCAUUGACGUCGCCAUCAGUACCUAUGGUCUGGCAGUUCAAUUGGGUCUCAAGGGAGUUAGGGUCAUUGAUAAAUUCCACAUGGGUCAUGAUGGGAUGUACCUUCAUCUUCUUAGCUCAGCCUCCAAAUCUGAUCUGGUGUCAGUCCUCUAUAGAAAGGUGAACCCAACUUGUCCAGAUUUUGUGGCUUAUUACAACGCCAUGGAGCAGGCAGUAAUGGCUAAAGUCACUGCUCUCAAUGUGGUGUUCCAUAGGACAGCUGCAUUGAUGCUCAAAGAAUUCCUACAGGAACUAAUGGACAGUUUCAUGACCUCUGGUUUGGGUGAACCUAGUACAACUACCCAAUUGGAUGGAACCACCACAGAUUCAGUCCCCAGUCAGCCUACUGACCCAAGAGCUAGCCAAGAAUUCCCUGACCAACCUGAGCCUCAGACUACGUCACCUUCAGAUGAAGCUCCUAAACCCCCUGAGCCACGAGGCACCACCAAGUUCUUUGCCCUUGCCAAAUUGGACUACCUGUGUAUAUCUUUCUGUGAUGUGAGUGACCUGCUAGCCAAUGUGUUUGUCAGAGAUCUAGAAGUAUCCGCCAAUGACAGAGCCAGCAGGACCACCUUGAGAGCAAGGUUGAGGGAUUUCUCCAUUGAAGACCCUGUUGACAACAGUCUGUACUCCAAGAUCCUGUGUCUUCAGGAUCAGACCGCAUUUGAUGUCAAGUUUGGAAUCUUCAAGAAGCUUCCAGGAACCAGACGCAAAGCCCUGCCAAAGGCCAUUAGUAGUUUCUCUGAGUCAGACGGAGUGGCCUCAUCGCCAACUGGACCGUCUACCAGACCGGUUCCACCUCCGGAUCCAGUACAUGUUGACUACAGUCUGAGGUUCCGUGGAGGCAGGAUCCAGGCUGUGCUGAUGGGACAGUUCAUCAGGAAUGUCACUACCUUCUUUCAGCCAUUUAUCAAGCAAGUGGAGAUUAUCCAAGCUAGUGAGAGCUCCCGGGUGGCUGUCCAGAAAAAGAUGAAAGAUCUUAGCGACGAGGGUCUCAAGAUCAGUUGGUACGUCAACAUCCGAGCUCCAGUCAUCUUCAUCCCACAGUCCCCUCAAUCUACCCGCUGCCUUGUGGCUCAUCUCGGUGACUUGAUGCUGUCCAAUAACUUUGAGGAAGUCGAGGUAGAGGGGUUGGAGUCCAAGUCACUGAUUGAUCACAUGUCAUUACAGCUGAACUCCAUUGAGCUGUCAAGGGGACUUGUUCAACCCAACCAGGUGCUUGGUAUCCAUCGUCUCUUGAUUGAACCUCUGACACUGCGUGUUCAUCUGAAAUGGGCUGUACCCCCAGUUCACGAGUCAAUUACACCACUGGAUAUUAGCAUUAUCCUGGAACACAUUGAGGUGAAUGUUGGUGAGCAGGAUGUGGUGUCAAUUCUAGCUGUCAUCAAUGACAACUUGCUGCACAGUGAAGGUACCCAGAGCAUGGAAGCGCCAACUAUCACAGUAGAGGUGCAUUCUUCUGACCCUGCUGGAUCUAAGAUGCUCCUUGAUGAACCGGUCACCCCAACCCCUGGUAGGAGUACCACUGUAGUUGAUGCUGCCAAGAAGAAAGCUGUCCAUGCUGAGUUUGUGCUGCAAGGAGUGCAUAUCACUCUCUUCACCAAUGAGCCAAGACUGCCUAUGGGUGGACAAGGGUUGGACCAACGGGAUCUACGGUACGGUCUGUCCAGCUUCCAACUGCAAGAAGUGAAAGGCUCAGCGUCAGUGUUCACAGGUGGUUCAAUAGAGGUCCAGGCCACUAUGCUGAGUGUCACACUGGAUGAUAUACGACCCAAGAGUCCGUUAGCCAUCAAGAGCAUUCUCCUGAAAUCAGGCAAGAAGGGUGGCAAGGCUAAGCCACGCGCAGGGAAUGGGGAUUCCCCAAUGAUAUCGCUCACAUACUCAAGAAAUGAACUCAACGACCAACAAGUUGAGUUCACGGUGGAUGGCAUUCGUGUCAACAUCUUUGUCCACUAUCUCCUGGCAGUCAGCCAUUUCUUUAGCAGUGCAGUGGCCAAGCCGACUGUCAUGUCACCAACCAGCUCUUUCCCAGGUUCAACCUCUCGUCAGACCUCACGGAUGGUAGUGGAGCCAGCUCCCGUUGAACUAAGGCAAGGCACGCUGAGGGUCACAGGUCAUAUCAGGAAACCAGAGGUUGUACUCUUUGACGACCCAACCAGUGAGAAUAGCCAGGUCCUUGUCAUGAAGCUUGGGGCAUCUCUAGCCUUCCAAGCAGACAUUGCUGAAGAGACGGCUGUUGCUAACAUCACUGAUGUGGAGAUCUAUUCUUGUGUCUACUCCCAACCCCUACAAACUGCUUAUAAGGUGCUGGAGCCUUGUGCCUUAACCUUCACACGAUCAGUUAGUGCUACUAGAGAUGAGACCAUGGCUAUUGAUGUGACAGAGGUCAAGUUCCACAUUUCCCCUAGAGUGGUUUAUCUUGUACAAGGUGUGAUUGAAGCACUCAAUUCAGUCAGGCAGAAGCCCACAGCCACUCGCCAUUUGAUAGACUAUGAUCAGGAAGACAUGUGGACUCCCAAACCCAUAUUCUCUCAUGGCUUCCACAAAAGAAAAGGUAGCAUGAAGAACAUGGUUGACUUUGGCCCAACACCAGACCUGUCAGGGGCUAAGCAGAGACUGACGAUGCAAGUUCCUCGAGUCAAGAUCUUGCUGGAACUUGAAGAGGAUCAUGAACACGUGGCCAUGUUGGGCAUCCGUAGUGGGCUGAAGGCUACGGUGUGCGAUUGGAGUCACAGUCUGAAUGUUUCCGCUGAGGUGUCCCUAGAGGUUCAUGUCUACAAUGAGAAGGUUAGCACCUGGGAACCUUUGGUUGAACCAGUCAUGGAACAGGAGAAGGUCUAUAGGCCCUGGGAACUCAUCAUUAAGAUGAGCCAGGCUGAGGGGCAUCCCAUUGUCUGUACCAGCCUGUAUGACUCUAACCCAUGCAGUCAACGUGACAGCAUGGAUGGCGUCUUGCCAAUGAUCAAACCCCCAGGCUCGUACCCAGCCACAGAGAGUGAUACAGAGAGUGAUUCACAGGAUGAGGCUGAGCUGGAAUGGGACGGCCAUUAUAGCAGCAGCUUCCUGAGCAGUGAUAUCGGUAGUCCCAUGGAAGCAGAGAGACAGUUCCAGCCAGAAACCAAGUCAGAGGAAGAUUUGGACGAAAGUGACUCUGAAGGCUUCUUUGACAAAGCUAAGGACUUCUUCAGUGACAUCUUCUUCAGUGACUCUGAUGAGGAAAAGGACGAGGCAGAGGGAGAGGAUGGAACGGCCCUGCAAAGGGCAGCCUCUCUGGAGGGAGGGAAGACAGAUAGUGGAAUAGCCUCUCUUGCCCAGCCCACUUCCGCCUCGGUCACUAGCGACAGUAGCACCAGCAAAGAUGAAGUGGACUCUGACCUGACCUCCUCGGAACCAGAAUCUCAAGCCACUUACCUGGUCAUCAACUCCUGGGACCGCAUGGAGCUGUCGGUCACCCCAUUUACCAUCAGCGUCCUGAUUGAUCUGACCAAUGCCUUCACUGCUAGGCCAGAGCCGAAGAUGAGACUGAUGGCGCAGCAUAAGACAGCGUUGAGUAUCAUCAACACCACAGGACUGCAGGCCAAGAUGCUCAUACCUGUUGAGUUGAUGAGUUCCACCUCAGCUGAGAACGUUACCCUCGAGCCUGUAGGUAUUGACCAACCAGAUCAACCUAGUUUGUCCAUCCAAGCCAUGGAAGAGAGCGAAGAUCCCUUGGAGUGCCUGUGUAAGGUGGUCAAACCAUCCAGAUACUCAGACGUAUAUGGAGCUUGUCCAGAAGUUGCUGACUGUGCAGAUGGACCACCCACUCCAAAACUCAAAGACCCAGAAACUGGACAGUUCAUCUUUGAGGUGGCGGGUAUGGCGCCGAUAACACACUUUGCUGCUUCUAAGGUUACCCAAACACCAUUUAUUCUAGCACCCUUACAGGGUGGGGAGGAGUACCCUGUUGUACGUGAAGUGGAUGUAUCCCAUGGCAAGAAAACCAUUAAAGUCAGGUCCCCGCUGCAAGUUGUCAACAACUGUCCAGUCACCAUGCAACUGUACUACAAAGCCCUGGAACUGCAGACCCUACAAGGCCCUGCUAUACCAGGCCAAGGGCUUGAUGAGUACACUCUGCUGGCUAGAGUCAAGCCCAAGGAGGUCUUUGAUGUUCCUGUCAUCGUAGCCUACAAUGCCGGCAUCUAUGCUUGCCCUGCUGAUCAAGGCUACAACAUCAGUGAGAAACCGAUUAAAUGGCAGGAACUAAUGUCCCCAACAGAGCUGACCAUCCGUUGUAAGUCCAGACAGAAGGGAGAGUUACCAUUCCACUUCAAGGUGACUCGUAAGGAGCACAAACUCACCAAAAGCAUCAAUUCCACUGCUGAUCUGCCUUCCUACGUCCUGGAUCUCUUCCCACCAAUCACUAUCCACAACUACCUCCCUUAUGAUGUUGUCUACUCCAUGAAGGAGAACGGUCUGAAGUUUCUCUUGAAAGGAGACAAAAUGGCGAUCUACUCCACGGACCUUAGUGAAGCUCAGAAAAUGAAAAUACAGGUCAAGAGCUACUUAGCAGCCAACUGGGAAGGCAACCUCCUUGUCUCCAGGGAGAUGAAAUCCCACGAAUCCAUCACCAUGGAAACCAAGGAUGUGGAGGGAGAUCAGAAGAAGUAUUUGACACUCUGGGCUCACAGUACAACGGAUGAAGGGACAUGGGAUAUCUUCCUAUACACGCCAUACUGGAUUGUCAACAAGUCGGAACUGCCAAUAGAAAUCAGGGCCUCCAGGUCAAGGAAAGUGUUCAACAAUCACUCUCUUAGUGAGCCAAUCCUGUUUAGCUUCUCCAACAGCAGGCGAAGAAAGGCCAAGCUGCGAGUGUUUGAUUCUGUGUGGUCAGCAUCUUUCUCUCUGGAUACUGUCGGGAGCUCUGGCGUAGUCAUCUGUAAAGAUGAAGACCAUGACAGAACAUACCAGUUUUGGCUAGAGAUCAGUCUGUCCAAGCUCACCUUGACCAAGAUUGUGACUCUAACGCCUUACUUCCUAAUCCGCAACAAAACUGACCAUGUGCUGUCCUACAUGGAGGAAGGAGUCAGGGCUGGUAUAUGGGUCAACAUCAAACCCACUGAGGUGCUCCCAUUUUGGCCAGGGAGUGAGUCCAUGAAGUUGAUAUGUAAGAGAGCCGAGACACCAGACCAGCUCUGCUCCAGACACUUCAGUAUUGACAGCUCCCAUUCAACAGCACUCAGGAUGGAGAGAGGGACGGCAUUGACCGUUGAGACAGAGGGUGGUGUGAGAGGACCAACGACAGUAACGUUCAAGCCUUACUCCAUUGGACAUGCACCGGUCAGAGUGGACAAUCUGUGCGAUGAUGUCAACCUGAGGUUUAACCAAAAGAACAUUGGUGGUAGACUCCUUGUCCAGCCGCACAAGACGGUGCUAUUGACCUGGGAUGACCCCACAGCAGAGAGAAUGUUUCUGUGGAAUCUGUACAACAGAAAUAAAAAGUCAUUCAACUGCGUCAUUGACAGGGAUGGCUGGGGUAAAGUGACAGUUAGUGUUGAUAGCAUCAAGAGAAGUAUGAUGCCAGGGGAUGGUCUGUACGUAGAAGGAGAUGACAUUGAGAUGACGCCAGCGUCUGCAGCUCUAUAUGAAGAGGAUGCUGUAGAUAGCUUGAUGGAGCAUCCAUUGAUGCAUCGCAAGGAGAAGACCACAAUCUUCUGGGUGUCUUACAUGGAUGGUUUACAGAGAGUCCUCAUGUUUACUCAGAGUCCUCGCAUUGCUAGAGCUGCCUCACAGGCUAACAUCUCUGAGUUAGCCAGCCUGGAGCUCUUCAUCUCCCUAGAGGGCUUGGGUCUCUCACUGAUCAAUUCCAAGUAUGAAGAAGUUGCCUAUGUCAGCUUGUACUGCCCACCCGCAAGAUGGGAGGUGGAAACUAGACCAGACAAGUGGAAGUCACUCAACAUUGAAUUGUCUUCAAUCCUGGAGGACAAGUACAGAAUAGGGGCAGAGUCAGUGGCCAUCGAAGAGGCCGUAGAGGCCGAUCUGAUCAAUAGAACCAUCAGUAAACCUGUUGAGGGCCGUCUACGGAGACUCUUCUAUCCAGCUGUGUGGAUGCACUUCAGGAAGUCUGAUCACCACACAGGCCUGCAUGUCAAAGUCCAGAAAGUGCAGAUUGACAAUCAACUCUUUGAUGCCUACUUCACAACGGUCCUGAAUGUCCUUCCCAUUCCAAAGGACAUUCUGAGGAAGACAGGGCCCCGACCAUUCAUUGAGAUGUCACUACUGCGACGUCAGGUACCAGAGAACGAUGUGGACACUGUCAAGUAUUUCAAGGUGCUCAUUCAAGAAGCUAGUGUGAAGAUCGACAAUGGAUUCCUGCUGUCUGUUGUUGACAUUGUGUCUGGACUCCAAGAGGAAGAAGAUGAGGUUGUAUCAUUGAAGGCUGAUCUGUCUUACAUACAACGUUCCCUUCGUGAAUCCUCAUCUGUCGUUGCUGACGGAAAGUUGCCCAUAUACUUUGAGUACUUUCAUCUUUCACCACUCAAGAUCAUUGUCAGUUUGUCUCUGAGUGGGGAGCCCCACGUUGUUGCCAGACCAACAAGCUUCAAGAGGGAUUUGGUACGAUUCUUUGUUGAGUCAGUUGGCUCAACGCUGUCUGAGGUCACUGAGGUGGAAUUGAAACUGGCCUUCUUUGAGAGAACCAACAUCCUUUUGACCCCUGACCAGCUGCUGGAAGAUGUCAAAGGUCACUACAUCUCUCAAGGCAUCAAGCAGGCCUAUGUCUUCAUCCUUGGCCUGGAUGUCUUGGGCAAUCCCUACGGUCUCUUCAGAGGCGUCAAGGAGGGUAUCAGUGACUUCUUCUAUGAGCCAUACCUGGGUGCUAUCCAGGGUCCAGGAGAGUUUGCCGAGGGUCUUGCAAAAGGUGUUCAGAGUCUUCUAGGACACACUGUUGGUGGUGUUGCCGACACGCUUUCUGGUUUGUCUGGUACCCUAGGUAGAGCACUGGCCGUCCUGUCCUUUGAUGACGAUUACCAGAGGAGGCGAUUGCAGCGAAUGCAGCGUCACCCUGAUAGUCUGCCCAAGACCUUCUUGUAUGCAGGCCAAGGAUUUGUCAUGGGUUUUGUCAUGGGUCUGUCCGGGGUCUUCACCAGCCCCAUCAAGGGGGCCCAUGACGGGGGCCUAAAGGGCUUCUUCAAGGGGAUUGGUAAGGGCCUCUUGGGCCUUCUCAGUAAGCCAGCAGGUAGCUUAGUGGAUGGGGUGACUGUCAUCUUGGAUGGAAUUGAGAGAGCCACAGAAUUGGGAGAGAACAUCGUCAUCAGGAUGCGCAUCCCAAGGUUUAUCAAUCCUAGUGUGGGUCUGGAGCCAUACUCAUUGUAUGAAGCCAAGGGUAACUCCAUACUGCAUAAGAUCCGUCGAUCCGACUUGUAUCAGACUGAUGUGUACUUCUUUCAUGCUGUGGUCACCUCAGACAGUACACCAGAUGUAGUCCUCCUCACCGACAAGAGAAUCCUGGUAUUGGAGAGAUGUCGAUGGUGGGGUGGCUGGGACUUGGAGCAAUGCGAUCUCUUCAAUUCAUUGAUUGGAGAUCCAACACUGGGACCAAACAAGAUCAUCUACAAAGUCCAGCCAGAGGGUUCGGAUAUCGUCAAUAGAGAAAUUCGAUGUGAUGACGAGGAGACAGCACAGUGGGUGCUGACCAAACUUCAGGUGGCUCUCAACCAAACUAGCCUGGAUAGCCCUGUCGUUGACGCCUUCCUGACAGACGUAGACCACUGAUAGGCAAGACCCAGGCUCAUUACACUGCAGUUCCAAGGUAUGCAAGUCUCACACCAGCAUCAAUUCCAUAGAUACAGUGUAUGCAUAAAUGUAUGCAUGUACAUUGUAAUGUAUGUAAUCAUUGUACAAGUCAACAAGAUAUAAACUGUAAGGAAAAAAGCAACAGUGUACCUUGGACACUACGCCCAUUUGCAAAAGUUGGGCAGAGACAAAUAAUUCCAUGAUAAUAUUCAACACCUGAAAUGAGUCCAUAUGUAGCUACCCUUACUAUGAGGUAGUCUGUUUACUUUUUAUGAUUGUUUGGAAGCAUAUGGUACAGUGAGAUACUACUGUAAAGUGUAUGUCAAGAAUUCUGUUAAAUGUCCAUGUGAUGUACCGUGAUGGUAAUAUUGAAAUAUGUGUUGUUCUGCUUCAGUUGCAAAUUGUGUGGCCAAAGACUAUCUUGAACCAUUCUUAAAUGACAACAGUACUGUACUUGCAUGAAAUUAUAGUUAAAAGUACUUUAUUAAUAUAUGUAAUUGUACUCGGAAUCAAAAUUGAAUUCACCUUUCCACUGAGCGUUGGAGGACUGAGUAUACUCUUUGGUAACUUUAAGAGAGAUCACAGAAAUAUGUCGUUGUUCAAGAGGAAAGCACUUAGUGUGUCAGUUUUCAUUCCAUUAUUUUGCUAUGGUAUUUACUAAAUGUUAACAGUCACUGUUGGUAUUUGCCCACUCUGACAACAGUAAGUAACCCAGAUAUAUGCUUUAUAUUAUUGAAAUGCUUGCUGCUUUUAACAAGAUUAACAACAUAUAAUGACCCUAACAUUAAAUAACAUUGCUUUUGUCUGUAUGUCUUGGUCAAAUUAACUAUUGACUUAAAUAUUAAAAGAAAUCAUGGUAUGGUCAUAGUAGACUCUGGAACGCCAUUCAGUUGAAAUCUUUAUUUUGUAGUUGUUCUUUGCAGGAAACUGGCUCUUAAAUGUAUACCUUGAUAACACAGUUACAUGUACUUAGUGUGAUCAAUGUUUGGCCAAAUUUUUUAGUUUCCGACAGGUCAUGGGAAACAGUGUUUUUCAUGGCCAUUUCUAUUUUGUUUUCAAUUUUGAUUACUUCACAUGUACUGAGAUACAGUAGACACAUUUAUGUAAUCAAACACUGUUCAUUCCUGCUGUUUGCAGAAAGCAAAGUUAACUAUUUGUAACAUUGGUGAAAUUGUUAGAUGUUUAACUUUUAGUCUUUGUAUUUGCUGGUUUUGUUUUCACUUUUAAAUGCAUUUUAAUCAGUUCUUAAACAACAUUCAAUGAUAUGGAUUGGUUUUAAAUGUGACGUUUAACAUAUUAACAGAUAGAUGUGUUUAAAGAUGCUAAAUGUUUCUUUUGAAUAAGCAUUGUUUCCUGUCAGCACUAAUUUAUCCAUGAAAUUUUAACAAGCCCUGAGCUGGACCAAAAGAGGGGGCAAUUUUCCUAGCAGUGGAGGCUCCUUUGGUCGGAAAUACACUUCACUGGUUCGCAAACGACAAUGACAUGCACACAAGGGACGCGUUGCUACCAACAAAAUGAACACUCCCCACCAACAUGGCUCUUUUUAACUCAUAAGGAGUGCCUCUUUGAGUAGAGUUUGUUUCUUCAAUUAGAACUACAACCUAGAACCAUUUAUCGGUCAUUUCAUGAUCUGGCCAGCAUGUUAAGGUUGUUUGUGAGUUUUUAUUGAAAUUCUUUGCAUUUGGAAGAUGUGGUAGCAGUGUGUAAGAAAUAUUAACAAUUUGCCGCAAGUUCUGCUCAUAGCUAGAGGUAGUGACCUAAGGUGAAAUAUCAACAAUUAUUACCUAAACAAUGGCCAAAAAUGUAUUAUUCAGGUAAAAAUUUGAACUGAAUCACCUUGUGCAAACGUGUAUUGCUUUUGAGUUCCAAUAGUCUUGUAAUAUUGCAUUGUAGUUCACUUAUUGUUGACUGUGUAUUGACAAUCCCAAUUCUGAGAUGUUUCAAAUUGUACUUAUGUAGGUUGGGAGUGUUCAAUGUACUGUAGUUUUAAUUAAUGCCCUCAAAAAAUACACAUGCAAUCCUAUAUACAUUGGCCUUUGAGGAUCAACGUCUCUUGUAAUCUUGUUGGGAUGAGAUUCUGUAAUGUUAACUGAAAAUCAAGAUGUUUUGUGUUUUUGUGGUGUAGUCUUUGUUUGACUAGUAUCAUUAGCAAGUGUUGUAGGUCAGAUCCUCAUAUGAAUGAAUGGUUUGAGAUCAGGCAAAUUACAAAAGUAUUACACCCCUCCUAUCCCAAAGCAUAAUUAGGACACAAAUCGGGGGACUAGUGCCCUUAUUGAUGGAUGGGGUUUCCCUACCAUCUGCAGUUUGAGUUGGUGAUUUCAAACAAAUGAUUUUGAAUUUCACCAUAGUAUGACAGGGACAAGACAUCUGACUUCGGCAACUUUCAGGGGCAUAAGUGUUUGGAACCAAAAUCCUGACCCCCUCUCCCUCCCGUGGUGGGACUGGUUGGACACCAUAUUGAUAAUGUGACUUGUUGAAGCGUGGUGCACUGUAAAAAUACAGCACAAGGUUCUUAAGUUUGAAUAAGGGAAAGUCACAGCCAUUCCUUUACACAGACAACACUUUAUAGGCUGUUGGAUUAUAUUGUGAAUAGCUGUCAUAUUGAACUGAUUACUUGUUAAGCAUAUUUCAGAUAGUUGCUGGAUUAUUCCAAAUAUUCCCUUGUUUGUAACUGGUGCAAAUAGCAGCAGCAUAAAUAUGGUACCAGAAGGGGGCUUAUGCAGGCAUCUGUUAAGGUAUACUGUCAGCAGUUUGGUUUCUGUUUAUUCGUUUUAGUAAAAUGUAACAGUUUUUCUUGUAAGUUGACCUGGCCUAAACAAAAGUUUGUUCUGUUAACAUGAUGAAGUUUAAGUUUGGGUCCAGUCUCAAGGAAAGUUUUUGUAAGGCUGAAAAAGUACAAUAACCUUUGUUGUGUAUCAAAAGCCAAACCAACUCAGAGUCAUGUGCUUGAUGUUCAUUGUUGUGUCACCAUUUCAACAACGAAAACUGCACCUUUGACGUUUACUUGCCGUCAUCAUAACUGCUGAAAUACUGUAUCUAAGAAAGGGGCAAGAUUCAAGCUGUAUUUCCUGAGGCAGUAUUGAAAACUUGUAUUGAUAUUGGACCAUUGAGGAUUGUAAGGAAAUCUUAUAGGAAGUCUUGCGCUGGGAUGUAUUCUCAGCCCUGUGCAGUUUAAAGUUAAGGACAGAAAAGUCAGGUAAAAUCAUGAUUUGAAAUUUCACAAUUGAUAAGCGUAAUCCAUUUCUGUACUACCAUUACCCUGAAUUUAGCGUUAUGACCUAUCCUAGGAAAGUUCUUUUUUUCAGUUCGUAUGUUUAAUACUUUUCAUUGCUCUUUGCAGUAACUUGUAAAAGCAAUUGUGUGCAAUAUUAGAAAACUGUAUAUUGGAAAUAAAUCUUGAAGCUGCUGUA